CUCAUAUUCUCGGUGUUCAAGACCCUCACGGACCAGCAGGUCACCGUCGAGCUCAAAAACGAUCUCUCCAUCACCGGCACCCUCAAGUCCGUCGACCAGUUCCUGAACAUCCGCCUGGACAACAUCAAAGUCCUCGACCCGGCGAGACACCCACACAUGAUGGCGGUGAAGAACUGCUUCAUCCGGGGCUCCGUCGUCCGGUACGUCCAACUUCCCGCUGAGAGCGUUGACACGCAGCUCCUGGAGGAUGCCACGCGACGAGGUGAGCCUCCUUCGUUCCUUUCGCUCUGCUGCGCCCCCCACUGA